UUAUGGAGACAUACAGGAACAUCCUUCUUUUAGCUUUCCUGUAUUUCAUACAGGGCCUACCGUACGGAUUGCAGGCACGGUUUCUACCGAUCUACCUACGGACGCGGGGCAUGUCACUGACCAAUGUGGGUCUCUUCAAACUGUUACUAGUCCCCUGGAUGUGUAAAGCAAUGUGGGCGCCACUCGUGGAUCGGGUAGGCACAAAGAAGUCUUGGCUGAUGUGGAGUCUCGUGGGGCUUGUCAUUACGUGUGCCCUGGGCGCAUGUCUGGAACCCAACGAUCUUGUUAAACUAGGCAUAUUAAUGUUGGUGUUAAACCUAGUGACAUCCACGCAAGAUAUAGCAGUAGAUGGACUGGCUAUCAAGAUAUUGUCCAGCACGGAGCUUGCUAUGGGAAACAUUUCACAGGUUGUAGGGUAUAAACUUGGCGCCAUCAUGGGAGGAGGAGUUUUUCUGUGGCUUAGUAACUACAUCACGUGGUCUAUGCUUUUCUGGUGCCUAAGUAUCACAUAUGCAGUAGCUGUCCUCUUAGUGCAUUUUCAGGUGAAAUCUGAGUUAAUUUACCCCAGAGAAGAGCAUAAAAUUGGUCCUGAUGACAAUGUUAAAGCAACAGAGAAUAUUUCUGAGAAACACAGUAAUGACCCAAAUUUUGUUUCAAAGGUAGUUAAGCACAUCUCUGAUAUUAAAAGCACAGAGGGAACUACAUGGAUCACUGUUUAUGUCCUGUUGUACAAAUUAGGUGAAGUAUCUGCCCUGAACAUGCUCCCUCUGUUUCUGGUUGACCAUGCAGUAUCAUCCACUGAAGUGGGAUUCUGGACAGGUGUGGCUGGUCAGGGGUUCUCAGUCAUGGGAUCUCUCCUCGGAGGAUGGCUUAUCUCAGGUAGCAGGUUUUCACCAGUUCAGGUGACCCUUUUCUUCUGUUCUGUGAGGGUUGUCCUCAUAGCUCUGCAGACUGUGAUAAUUCUACUGUGGCCACAAGCACUGUCAGCUUCCAGGAUAAGCACUGCAUCACUCUUUGUACUGGCUAUCGGCAGCAUGAGUUUCCUCUUACUGAUCAGCGGAGUCGUCACCACGGCAACCUUCACCAUGAUGAUGCAGUGUUCACAACGCGCCCCGUCACACGUACAAGCCAGUCACUACACAACACUUGCCACAUUGGAAGUCAUGGGAAAACUGAGUUUCUCUGUCGUCACCGGUCCUGCAACAGAUUUGUUGGGUUAUGGGUUCAUGUUCUCAGUGUUUACAGUUUUGUCUCUUCUAGUUUUAAUCCUGUACCAGUUUUGUCCAUCAGUUGUCAGACACCCAGCCCUUUACAAAAAUCAUUGAUGAGGUCGAAGUUACAUGUCAGUUGAAUAUUUAUUUGAACUGAUUGUAUAUACCAUGUACAUGUAAAGAAAGUUCGUUCAUUUUCAUAAUACAGUGUGAAUGGUGUUUUGUAAAUGUAUGGUGUUUUGUAUCGGUUUUAUAGUUAUUUC